CGCCCUUGCCCGGCGCACGCCGCGCCAUCCCUGUGCCUGCCCGCUGUAGGUGCUGAGGGCGAUGCUGCGGAGCUGCCGCCGCGUGUAGGAGGCAGGGCUGCCUCCCCCUUUGUCAGCGCGGACCUUUACCGGCGGACGGAAUCAAACCUGCGCGGCCGCCGCUGAGGCUGGCGAGGGGAUGCCGGAACCUUUGCUGAGAGGUAGCGGAGCAGCCUCAGGACAUCACCAUGAUGGAGGAUCACGCACCCGGCCAGGAAAAACACUUCUCCUCAGGCUAUCCCCUUCAGAUACCAGUCGAUGAUGGAUCGGAUGAGCCUGUUUCUGAAACAUCUGACGCUAAGAGCACCCCAACUACAGAAGAUGCCACAGCACCUUUAGUGGAGGAAGGAGACCACGAGGAUCAGGGUGGUGUGGAACAGCACGGGGAGAUCCCAGAAGGAACCACAGCUGAAGAGGCGGGCGUAGGAGCCACUCCCAACCUGGAGGACCACGCUGCAGGAGAUGACACUCAAGAGAAGCCGAGCUCUCCAAAGCUCCAGCCCGGCCCUCAGGAGCGUGUGGGAGAGGCAAUAAAAGGAGAAAGCCAGCCCCCAAAGCAGGGACCUGGGGGCCUUCAGCAGCCACUCCUGUCACGUGAAACAAAGGCUCCAGCAGCAGCUCCCACCAGAAUUGAGGUCACCAUCCCAAUCCCCCUGGAUAUGUACCAAGGCUCCAGAGCAUCCGAAGGCAGCGGUGAGCUGUGGGAUCAUCGAGGCAGAGAAGGCAUUGGUGUGGAGCCAGAGCUGGGCCGUGAUGUGCUGGCAGGAGCAGGGGGCACAGGUGACCAUAAGGAUGGACCACCUCCUUUGUGUACCAAAGCCCCAUUAAAGGAAGAUUCCAGUGGGCAGCAGAGGGAUGAGGAUCGUGAUAUUGAUGAAACUUCUGAGCAGGAUUUGCUGUCCCUGGUGGGUCAGCAGGUUUCACCAGGACCUGAAGCAGGCUCGUGUCCAGCAACAGCCAAGGAGACUCUUGAAGAAUGUGAUAGAGAAGGGUCCAAAGACGUCCCCAGAGACACCCUGAGAGAGGCACCUGUGGCUGAAACUCAGUCACAGAAAGCAGGAGAGGACCAAGAGGAGAAGCAGCAGCCACUGAGGGGUGAAGGAGGUACAGACAUCACCCCAUCAGAGCCUCCUGAAACCAUCUCCCAGAAAGAAGCUGAGCCCGGGGAGGGAGAAGAUUCUGGACCCUUGCUAGAAACAGCCAAACUCCCUCCUGAGUUAAAAGGUGAUGUGGAAGACAAAGCUGCUGAGGUUGUGCCAGACACAGGAGAGUGUCAGACGCCCCAGAAGCAGCCCUGUGCCCCGGCUGCAGACAAAGCCAGCCGUGUCCCUCUCCUCAAAGGUCGUGUUGACAAGGAAGGGACCGAAGCUGAUGAAAAGAAACCCAAGAAAUCCUCACCUUCCACUGCCAAACCCCCAGGGGACAGACCCUCCAUCCCCCCCCACCGACACACCUCCUCUAGCACAACCCCUUCGAAACCACCCUCCAGCCCUGCUCCUGCCUCUAAGCGAGUCCCUCCUGCCACACCCCGAGCUGCCAGUACAGGAACGCCAGAAAUGAAAGCCAAGGGCCCGGAGAUGAGGGGUGGCACGAAGACGGGCACGCCGCGCUCGGGGCAGGCGCAGAGGAACUCCACCAACGCCACGCGCAUCCCGGCAAAGACCCCCACGGCCCCCAAGACCCCUCCCAGCUCCGGCAGAAAGGAGCAGAAAAAACCACCUCCUGCAGCAGCAAAGACUGAGAAAGGUGAGCAGCCAAAGUCUGGAGACAGAAGCGGUUACAGCAGUCCCGGCUCCCCCGGGACUCCAGGCAGCCGUUCCCGCACCCCCUCUCUGCCCACCCCACCAGCCAGGGAGCCCAAGAAGGUGGCAGUGGUUCGCACCCCACCGAAAUCUCCGGCGUCUGCCAAGACCCGCAUCCAGCCCUCGGCCGCGCCCAUGCCCGACCUGAAAAACGUCAAGUCCAAAAUCGGCUCCACUGAAAACCUGAAGCACCAGCCCGGAGGUGGCAAGGUGCAGAUUAUUAAUAAGAAGCUGGACUUUAGCAGCGUUCAAUCCAAGUGUGGCUCAAAGGAUAAUAUCAAACACAUCCCGGGCGGAGGCAGUGUGCAGAUUGUUAAUAAGAAGUUGGACUUUAGCAACGUUCAAUCAAGGUGUGGCUCAAAGGAUAAUAUCAAACACAUCCCGGGCGGAGGCAGUGUUCAAAUCGUUUACAAGCCAGUCGACCUGAGCCAUGUGACAUCCAAAUGUGGUUCCCUGGGCAACAUCCAUCACAAACCAGGUACCCUUUGGCCUUGUGCUGAUCCUGGGAGCUGGUGGGCUGUGCUGUGGUGUGUCUGGAGAUGGGGAGAGGGUUGGGAUAGGGCAGGGAGUGAGGGCAGGCAGGUGGAGCAGUGA